UUGAUUGGUCAGAUUGUCAGCGGCACCGGAGCGGGCGGAACAACACACUUCUUUCCCAUACUUAGCUGCUAGCUAGUUGCUACCAUUUAACACAUUUCCUCGUUUAAUUAAGUGCUGAGGCAGCGUUUAAUUUAAGGUUUAUAAUGGCUUUUUCAUGAAGUGUUAACUGACUUUUAAAUACCGCUAUGACGAAGUGGCCUGGGUUAGCUAAGCAGGCCAACUCUCAUUGAAAACCACAUCUAGUUUUUCCAGCGUUAUCUAUUUAGCUAACGGCUAACAGGAGCGACAGCAGCACCACCGGGAGAAGCAUGAACUGCCCCCCCACUAAGCGCCUCCGAGGCAUGAACCAGGAUGUAGUGACGACAGUGGCCUUUGAUGACCCGUUUGGAGAUGACAUGGACUUCACCCAGGACGACUUGGAUGAGAUCGACAUCAUCGCCUCGCAGGCCAUUACCUCGACCGCUGCACCUGGGCUUGGGUCUAAACCAGGAACCAAACCGAUAGAGCUGGCCCGUGGGUCCGUCCGGCCGCCAUCUGCAGGGCAGAGCCAUUCUUUGAGCAGAACCACAACCAAUCACAGCAGAGAGAAUACAUUUGGGUUCAGCAGCAGCAGCAGCAACAGAGGGAAUGCUGGUAUACCAAGCAGAGAACCUCUCGGUAACAGGCAGCAGCAGCAGUUUGGGUCGAGCAGAGAAGACUCCCACAGUCUGCUGGAGGCUCAGCAUGCAGAGCUGAAGAGGAAGCUAAAGGAGGUGGAGGAAGAGAUUGUGUUGAAGAGCGGGGAGAUCCGAGUCCUGAGGGACUCUCUGAAAGCAGCUCAGCAGGAGAAGGAGGCCCAGAGGCAGAAACAGAUCCAGCUGGAGACCCAGAGGCAGAGAGAGCAGAGUGAAAAGGAGAAGGAGCUCAACAGGAAGGUUCAGUCUUUGCAGUCAGAGCUGCAGUUUAAAGAAGCUGAGAUCAAUGAGAUAAAGACCAAACUGCACAGUUCAGACAAAAACAAGUUGGCCUCUCCACUGCCUAGAAACAGUCCCAAAGUGCCAAACUGUCUCGCCCAUUUGCAUCAUGGGAGUGGCAGCAGCUCCUCCCCGCCAACAGGAAAUGGCUUUAUCACCAAGGAGACGUUUGGAGCCCACGUCCCGUCCAGAACGACACCGGUGAAGACGCGGAAAGACUCAGACAGAGAGAUGUCCAGCAGCAGGUCUGUGGACAGACAGGAAGCGUCUCGCCUAGACCCCUUCCUGUCCGUCAGACCUGCUCACCUGCAGCUCCGAGGUCAGUGGGGUCUGCUAGGGGUAUUGCUGCAGCAUCCUUGUCUCCCAGCAGCUCGGCCUCUUCCCCACUUGAACUGUUAUCAAAGACUAACUGAUGUGGUGUUUUUGUGUGUCGUGUUGCAUGACUUCAGCGGGCUGUCUGCAGGUUUACUGCUCCACUCUGAUCCUGCAGCCAGCUUAGGGGGCGGUGUAGGUGGAACUCCCAGAGCUGCUCUGAGUCCGGUCCAGAGUCUGGCUGUAACUGGACUCAACAUGCUGAGUCAGAACCAACCAACAGCUGCAGCCAGCAGCAGAAACAAAAGGUUGUGUCCCGGGGCUGUCCUCCUCCUCCCUCUGUUGGAGCUUCACCUGUCUCGACUGUGUCAGGCUCUAGACUCGGUCCGCUCCACCUCUGCUGGGAGCAGUGGGUCCAGCUCCACCGCUGCCGGCUCGCUCCCAGCAGGCAGUGCUUCUGGACUGGGGAGACUGGAGGAUGCCGGUUUGACUGGUUUCAGUGUGGAGGACAUUGGUUUGGCUGCUCUGAGGAUCCUCCACCUGGUGCUGGCCCACAGUGACGAGGUGGUGGCGGCUGUGUUGUCAAAGGAGAGUCAGGGCAGAGUUACAGACAUACAGACCGAACACUCGACUCCAGGUGGGGGUCUUGGCUCCCAGAAUGCCCUGCUGACGUCAGUGUUGCGACUGUGUGAGGCGGGGCUAGACGGCGGCACGCAGAACGAGGAGCUUGUCCUCAAUGCCAUGAAGACCCUGUGUGUCCUUAUUGAGAGGACCCCAGACACUCACAUGGACAGGUUGCAGUGUGUGUUGCAGGUGGUGUGUGUGUGUUUGUCAGCGGACUGCACGUUGCAGACCGUUUCGGGGAGUGUGUCUGUCCUCACGUCCAUGUCCGACCACCAGACGCUGGCUCGGCAGCUCUGCUCUCAGCACGACCCAUGUAUUUUCCUGAAGUUGUUCCAGUUCAUCAGAACAAGACCAGACAACCAGGCGACACACACAGACUGGGUUCUGCUGGACCUGCAGGCGGUUCGUUUGCUGAGCAGACUGAAGACUCAGAGAGCAGAGAGCUGCCCCCCCAGCCAGCACAGCACCUGCCCAUGUUACACCGAGUUGGUUCAAACGGUGGUGAUUGUUUUCCACCGUCAGUGGUUGGAUCUUCGUGGUUCGCAGGAUCCCACGGACUCAACUGGCCCGGCCCCACCCUCACAGAAGGGCCCCGCCCCCUCGUUGCGAUGGUGGCGUGGCCCGGCGGCAUCGCUGCUCAGGGAGUGUCUGCUGCUGCUGCACUGGCUGCUGCUGCAUCACGGCAGCUUCUCCGAGAGCUGCAGGCCGCUGCUGCACAUGUACGACCAGGUGAUCCCCGCUGUACGAGACGCGCUGAGGAGGAUCCCCAACCUGAGCGAGAGCGAGGAGCUGGCGUUGGAGGAGAUCUGUCGCUCGGAGGGCGACGACACUGAUGACAUGGACACUGAAACUGGCUCCUGAUUGGCCGUGGCCGCCGACUCCUCCAGUGACCAAUGAGGAGACACGAGGGACAGUUUGCAGACUGGAUUUAAUAUUACAGAUGGAGAUGUGGACAGAACAGAGACGGAAAUGGAUGUUGGAGGGAAAUGAAGGCUAAGAGGAAAGCCUGACGGAAGUGGACUAAUUCUGCUGUCUGAUGCGAUUUAACAAUAAAACAUGAAGGUGAGACAAAC